CUCCAACCCCCCGCCCUCCGACUUCGAAUCCACCUCCGAGUAGACAGACUCAAGUGCUGAGACUGCUGCCCAUCUCCAUCAUGUUGAGCCGCUCGGCCAUUCGCGCGGCGCGCGCCCUGGGUACUGGAAAGAGCGCUGGCACCAAGACGGUCACGCGCAAUGCCUCGACCCAAGGCUCCUCCGAAUCCGCCGCAUCUUGGAAGAACACCGCGAUGCUCUCGUCCUCCGCCGCCCUGGGUUUCGCCUCGGUCGCAUGGUAUUACUACCAAUUCGGACGUCCAACACAGGCCAUGACGCCAGCUGAGGAAGGACUUCACGCUAUUCAAUAUCCAUGGGAGCACGAGAAGCUCACCAAGACUUUUGAUCACGGUGGUCUUCGCCGCGGUUUCCAGGUCUACCGUGAGGUGUGCGCAUCAUGCCAUUCUCUCAGCCGUAUUCCUUACCGCACACUGGUCGGCAACAUCAUGACCGUCGAUGAGGCCAAGGCGCUUGCCGAGGAGAACGAGUACGAUACCGAGCCGAACGACGAGGGUGAAAUCGAGAAGCGUCCCGGCAAGCUUUCCGACUACGUUCCAUCGCCAUACAAGAAUGACGAGGCUGGUCGUGCUGCCAACAACGGUGCGCUGCCACCAGAUCUCAGCUUGAUCGUCAAGGCCCGCCACGGUGGUUGCAACUACAUCUUCUCUCUGUUGACUGGAUAUCCCGAGGAGCCUCCAGCUGGUGCUGUCGUUCAGGAGGGUCUCAACUUCAACCCAUACUUCCCUGGUACCGGUAUCGCCAUGGCUCGUGUUCUCUACGACGGUCUGGUCGAGUACGACGAUGGCACUCCGGCCACUGCUUCCCAGAUGGCCAAAGAUGUUGUCGAGUUCUUGAACUGGGCCGCUGAGCCCGAGAUGGACGAGCGCAAGCGUAUGGGAUGGAAGGUCAUGGCUAUUGGAGGUCUUUUGUUCGGCAUGAGUGUUUGGGUCAAGAGAUACAAGUGGUCCACCGUCAAGACCCGCAAGAUCACCUACACCGCGCCACCCACCAACUCUCCUAAGCAGCCCGGCGGUGUUUUCCGGAGAUAGAGAGUAGCAAGCAUGAGGGAGCAUGAGGGAAUGGUUGGGAUCAAGAAGAGCCUAGUAGACUUGUACAGUGGGUUUCUAGCGUGGGUUCUUUUUUGUCUUUGUGUGUAAGAGGAGCUUGAGUUUGCCAAAAAUACACAAUCAGCUAAAGAAGUCGUCUUUGGUCAUUACA